CGAGACCAUCUUAAAGAAAACAAGAUAUGUAAACAAUGAGAUGAUACAUGCAGUAGACUGGUUCCCUACUCUUUUGUCAAUUGCCGGUGGUACUCCAGAUCCUACUCUGGAUGGUGUCAACCAAUGGCAGGCUAUCAGUGCAGGGGCAAGAUCUUUACGAAGCGAGUUUGUGUAUAAUAUUGACGAAGUUGACAAUAGAUCGGCAAUAAGGGUUGGCAAAUACAAGCUGAUUCAAGGACAACGUGACCAUUGGUAUUACGGAAAAGAUCCACAACCAGAAUUUCGGUUGUUUGACCUGAACAAAGACCCUUUUGAACAUGAAGACAUCGCCGAACAAGAAACGCAUAUCGUAAAGAAAUUAAAAGAACGGCUUGAGUUUUAUCGCAAGACACUGGUUCCCGCCAAUAUAGGACAUCAUCGUAAACUCGCUGAUCCCAAACUCUUUGACCUUGACAAUCUAAGUCCUGGCUGGUGUUAAAAUACAUUUAUCACAAAUUGAGCACAAGAAACUAAAGCCACCAAGUCGACAAGUGUUGGACACUAACCGAGUCAACUGUCACUAGUUAUUUCAAAUUUUGUGCACUUUCAAAUAAAAAUAAUAGUGUAUCGUUUACAUGUCAAGCCUAUUAAAUUUGUUACUAUUGCACGUAAAAAGGAUUCACCUGGCGUGAAUAACUAUUAUUAACACUUUUGGAGUAAAUUUGGAACUGGUCUACAUUUUGUAUGUACGAUAUAAUCUGUCCAGGGCGACCGUCGAAUCGACUGAUUGAAAGUUACUACUAUAGACAGGUGAGUUCUUAAGACAGACAGACAGUUGACCACUACAUCAAGCUUUUCGAUAUACCAUAUCUACAUUGGUAUUAAACUUAAUUAUGCUUUUUAUGUACGUACGGUUUGGAAGUCCAUUUUGUAAUAAUAAUUCAACAUGCUUUUCAAUAGAAAUGCUAAACACUGAUGGUUCUACCACUUCUGUUCUUAAAUAACAUUCUAAAUACAUGGCUAAUUCAAUAAAUUCUAUCCUUAAUCGUUGUCCAUUGAAAUCAUUGUACAUAAAAGCACAGAACUUUCAUGUACUUGAUAACGAAUAUUUACUCACCAAACCUAUGAAAUAUCAAUUAAAUGCAGUUACAAUUGACCAAGUUAUCCGUUGUUGAACUACACGUGCUCAUACACAGUGGCUUCGUUUCAAGCCUGUAAUGA